AUGGCAAUAAUCGAAGAAAGGUCAAUAAUUGGGCAAAAGAGAAAGAGUUCAGUUGUUUUUACGGCAAUCAUCGAACAAGAUGAAAGGAGAAAGAGGUGUGUUGUUUUUACGGAAAUCGAAGAAGAAAAAAGUUGGGAAGAGGAAGAAAGUUCGGAAAUUGUUUAUCUUCCCGAUGAAAUUAUCGAAACGAUUCUGUCGAAAUUACCGGUGAAUUGUCUGCUUAGAAAUAAAACGGUUUCAAAAUCAUGGAAUACUAUGAUCUCCGAUCCUUUGUUCGUUAAGAAUUAUCAAGGAGAAUCAUCUUCUUCUUCGACCGUUUUUCUAUCUCAUCUACUCUUCAGUACAGAUUUUGAUUUGGUUAAAUUCAAAGAUCUAAAUAUUCGAGCAGUACAACAACUGAGAUCCCCUCCAUCAUGUCCUUACAAAAUGUUGUGCUAUUGCGAUGGCGUCCUACUUUUAGCCCAUCCUUAUUCCAAGGAUUUUAUGUUGUGGAACCCGGCUAGCGAAAACCGACCUAAAUCGUUUAUCUCACAAAACCAUUAUAGCUUCAACUUCAACUCUGUGUUGAGUUAUGGGCUUUGUCACGAUCCCACGGUUGGCGUUUUUAAGUUUGUUCUAAUAUUUAUCGAGGGCUACCUAGUUUUUUCCGACAAGUACAAAGUCGGCUUCUGCACUUGGAAAGAAUUCGAAGAACCGACGAUGAGGGUUCCGGAAGUGGUGAAUAAUCGUUGUGGAGUGUCUGCGGAUGGGGUUAUCUAUUGGGUUACGUGUCGAGAAAUUAUUUAUUUUGAUCCCAGAGACGACAAGUUCAAGAUUUUACCUUUUUCUUCAAAUCUUGAUGAUGAUGAUGAUGAUGAUGGAUUGUUUUACUUGACUGAAUUGAGAGGCUGCUUGUGCAUGUAUCGCAACAAAGGCGGAGACAAGACGAAGGUUCGAAUCUUGAUUAAGGGAAAGGGAAGGGACAAUAAUUCUUGGAAGGAUUUGAUAACUAUCGAGAAUGUGGAGACGCCGAUUUCCUCGUUUGAGCCCAAAUAUUUCUUGGAAGACAAGAUUUUUAUCCUAUUACACACUCAAAUUGUAUCGUUUGAACCUGCUAGUUUGUUAGUCAUCUACAACCCUUUCCGGAAGACGUUCGAAGAAGUUGAACUCUCCAAGUAUCGUGAUUUGGUUCCGUAUAUUCAUAAUCCCGACAUCCUAAGUAGCUGGUAG